AGGACUACAAUACGCUAACAAUCAAUCAUGUUAUGGGUCUCUUACGUGCUCAAGUCCACUCAGUGCUGUUUUUUAAUCAUUGCCAUUUAUGUAUAUGUUUACCUAGCUACGAUUAUUUGGCGUAAAAUGGUCUAUAACUCCAAUUUAACGUUGCUACUCCUAUUUCUACCAAUACCGUCGAUAGUUGGCACUUCGAUGUAUUCAUUACGGGAUAUUACAGUCAUGUUGAAAAUGAACACCGCAACUUCCAAUCAGAUCAUCCAAACGAUAUUAGACCUUGGAAUGUCCGGAGGUGUUCUAAAUCUACCAAAUUUGAUAGUUGAUAGGCUAGCUGCCACCUUUUAUCCAGCUCAAUAUGAGACCAAAGGUGGAGAGAUACCAUGGAUAGCUGUAGGAAUGAUUACAAGUCAGGUCCUCUUGACGGGUGGAUUUGUAGCAAUGGUAAAGAUUGGUAUCAUCAGUGAAUUAGUAAGCACCAUGACUUUCAUAGCAUUGUGCAUAAUUUCUGCUGUUUUAUUCACUAUUUUGCCACACUUCUCAAGAAAGUAUCAUGAUUAUUAUCGGAAACGGCAGUCAUCCGUCUCCGUCCGCUAUCAAUCUGUUGAAAAUCUUCGAGCAGCAAAGUUAUUAAAAGUGCUAGUCGUGGUUUACGUAUUCUUUUAUCUGUCCGAGACUGGAAUUUUCUCUUUAUUCUACUUUAUCAUUGCUGAUGAGGACAAAAUCUGCAGCAUUACUCUGCAGACAUUUUUCAACCUGGUCGUCAUUAUUGAGAUUCUCACUUCAAUCAACGUAAUCGCACGAUCGCAUCCUUCACUGCGACGAGCUCUGCCUGCUUUUUGUCGCAGACAAGAAGUCCGCGCCACCUAUGUCACCACCUGUGAUGUGCGCUCCUAUGACGGGAAAGCGCUCUCGUUCAGUGUCAAUUGCCAAAGAGAAAUGUACUUCGAUCAACUGCAAGACUCUUGGGGAGAGAAGAAGUAG